UGAUGUGCGGUCACAUCUAAUAAUUUGAGGGCAAAAACCCUUCUUAAGCCCCUCAACUUUUUCGACAGCAAGUGAUAAGCCCCUGAACUAAAAUUGAUGCGAAUAAGCCCUCCAACCCCCCGUCUGAAGCAAAUAAGCCCCUCCAUUAACGAGCCCCUCAACGUCGUUUGUUUAAUGGCUUGUGUGGCAUUUAAUUUACACGUUGUAUCCAACAAAUCGAUCCAAAAGUCUUUUUCCUCUUGCUCUCCUCCAUCAAAACUAGAUCUUAGUUUUUUCUCUUCUUUACCUGAACUAGAUCUGGCUUCCUCACCAUCACACGAUGAUUGAGAGAGGAAUGACUUUUGUCCCUUUCACUUUGUUCCUCAUUAGAUCUUCUUUCCCACGAUGAUUGAGCGAGCAAUGGGUUCUUUAGAAGAUCAAAUUUUUGUCAAUUUCUUGAAGGUUGAGAUUUUGGCAUUUACUUUUUGUUGUUUUGCAUGUUUCCUGUUCGAUGGUUUUCAUUUGAUCUGUUACUUUGAUUUGGGUUUCUCUCUUUUUUUCAUUUAUUCUUUCUUGACUUCGCCAUUGUUAGCCUGGUGUUUGAAUGGAUCUGGGGUUCUGCAAGUUGUUGAACUUGGAUUUCAAGGAGAAAGUUUGUGGAGGAGAGACAAAAUUGUAUCUGUAUAUGUUCAAGAUAUUGACAACAAAUUUGAAUCUAAUUU